UCUCUCUACGCUUUCUCUCUCUCUCUCUUCUCGCUCGCUCGCGCACCAAUAUCGGAGGACAACUAGCAGCUGCAGCUCCUCCUCCUCCUCCAGCGGCGCGCCGGCAAAAACGGUCGCCCCGCGGUCUCCUACUUCGUCGCCCGCCUGAAGAGGAUCCUGCGAUGCACCGUGUGGGUAGUGCAGGAAACACGGCCAGUUCUACCCGCCCACGCAAAGAGAAGAGGUUUACAUAUGUGUUGAAUUAUGCAGAUGACUCAAAGCAUUGUGCAGGUAUAAAUUGUUUAGCCUUAUGGAAGUCAACAUCAGAUGGGGGUGAUUACCUUUUUACUGGGAGCCGUGACGGUAUUUUGAAGAGAUGGGCAUUGGACGAAAGCGCGGCUACUUGCUCGGCUACAUUUGAGUCACAUGUCGAUUGGGUUAAUGAUGCCGUCCUUGCGGGUGAUAACACCCUUGUCUCUUGUUCUUCAGACACAACUCUAAAGACCUGGAAUUGCUUGUCUGAGGGAGCUUGUACGGGGACUCUUCGUCACCACUCUGACUACGUCACUUGUCUUGCUACAGCAGUAAACAAUAGCAAUGUUGUUGCCUCUGGUGGCCUUGGUGGGGAGGUCUUCAUCUGGGAUCUUGAAGCUGCACUUGCCCCGGCCUCAAAGUCUGGUGAUCAGAUGGAUGAUGAUUGUUCCAACGGCAUCAGUACUAGUGGGAAUUCUCUACCUGUUAGUGGUUUACGUAGCAUCAGUUCAAGCAACAGCAUUUCUACUCACCCCAGUCAGUCUCCCGGCUAUGUUCCAACUGCGGCUAAAGGUCAUAAGGAGUCGGUUUAUGCACUUGCUAUGAAUGGAAGUGGAGCGCUUCUUGUUUCUGGUGGAACUGAAAAGGUUGUGCGUGUUUGGGAUCCAAGAAGUGGUUCUAAGACUAUGAAGCUUAAAGGGCACACAGAUAAUAUUAGAGCUCUACUUCUUGAUUCUUCUGGCCGGUUUUGCUUAUCAGGAUCGUCUGAUUCGAUGAUCAGACUGUGGGAUCUUGGUCAGCAGCGAUGUAUUCAUUCCUAUGCUGUGCAUACUGAUUCAGUUUGGGCCCUUGCCAGCACUCCGACAUUUAGUCAUGUCUAUAGUGGUGGCCGAGACAUGUCGUUGUACUUGACCGACUUGGCAACAAGAGAGAGUCUUUUACUUUGCACGGAGGAACACCCUGUCUUGCAAUUGGCAUUGCAUGAUGACAGUAUAUGGAUUGCGACAACAGAUUCUUCCGUACAUAGAUGGCCUAUUGAAGGACGUAACCCACAAAAAGUUUUUCAAAGAGGCGGUUCAUUCUUGGCUGGGAAUUUGUCCUUCUCAAGAGCAAGAGUGUCUCUAGAAGGAUCUACCCCUGCUCCUGCAUAUAAAGAACCGAAGCUUACCAUCCGGGGUAAUCCUGGAAUAGUGCAACAUGAAAUUUUGAAUAACAGAAGGCAUGUGUUGACCAAGGAUUCAGUGGGUUCAGUGAAACUAUGGGAGAUUACAAGAGGCAUUGUGGUGGAGGAUUAUGGAAAGGUAUCUUUUGAGGAGAAAAAAGAAGAAUUAUUUGAGAUGGUAAGCAUUCCUCCGUGGUUCACUAUUGAUACCAGGCUGGGUAGCUUGUCUGUCCAUUUGGAUACUCCACAAUGUUUUUCUGCGGAGAUGUAUUCAGUAGAUCUCAACAUAUCUGGGAAGCCAGAAGAUGAUAAGGUAAAUUUAGGUAGAGAAACUCUUAAAGGUCUCUUGGCUCAUUGGUUGACCAAAAGACGGCAAAAAAGUGGGCCCCAGGCUUCAGCAAAUGGCGAUAUAUUACCUGGGAGGGAUGUUGCUGCCAGGACUCUUAGCCAUUCAAGGAUAGAAGUAGAUGGCAAUGCCGAAAAUGAUUCCUCAGUGUACCCUCCCUUCGAAUUUCCAACUGUCUCGCCUCCAUCCAUCAUCACUGAAGGUUCUCAUGGAGGUCCGUGGAGAAAAAGAAUUACUGAUCUAGAUGGAACUGAAGAUGAAAAAGACUUUCCUUGGUGGUGUCUGGACUGUGUCUUGAAUAAUCGCCUGCCUCCUAGAGAAAAUACCAAGUGUAGCUUUUACCUGCAUCCGUGUGAAGGUGCAACUGUUCAGAUCCUUACACAAGGGAAACUGAGCGCUCCUAGGAUAUUGAGGAUACAUAAAGUUGUCAAUUAUGUAAUCGAGAAGAUGGUUCUCGAGAAACCACUGGACAAUGUGAACACUGAAGGAACGUUUCCUCCUGGAGGACAUUUGCCACAUUCAUCAGCCGGAGACAUAUCUUUCCGGUCUGGAUUGAAGCCAUGGCAGAAGCUUAGGCCUUCUAUAGAGAUUUUGUGCAAUAACCAGGUGUUGUCCCCAGACAUGAGCCUAGCCACUGUCAGAGCAUAUAUUUGGAAGAAACCCGAAGACUUGGUUCUUAACUACAGGGUGGUUCAAGGCAAAUGAUCUGGUUUGAUCCUACAAGAGGGGUGGCUAUGCAUACGCAGUGGAAUAUGUUCCAGGGUAAAUUUUGGUGGAAGGAGUUUGAUAUUUGUUGCAAACUUGACAUGGCCGGGAGUGUGCUGGGUCUUUGUACAUUUGUGGACCGCUUGAUUGCUGACUUUGGCAUAGUCCUCUCGACGCGCGAGAACGCUAUGGUCACCAUUUACCCAUACUACAAUUAUGAACUUCAUCUGAGCUGCUCACGAGCAUGUGCCAUCGUAACUAUAUAUUAUGGGAUGCAUCUUCACGCCUUUGCUCAAGGAGUUGUGAACUCUGGACAGGGAGAGAAAAUUUCCUUAGAAGAGCCGACUUAGGGAUUGCAAAAUCUUUGCAGAUUUGUAGCUAGGUGCAACCCUAGCCAUAGAAAUUUUCUUGUGAUUUUGUUAGUUUGUUCCUGAAAUAAAACAACUUACAUUUAUAGAGAAAUGGACAUUUCAUAUAACAUAUCGCUACUAUUCUUUUUUACCUUUCAUGAUGUAUCUGUGCUACUUUGUGCUGUAAGCAUGAAUGACAAGAUCGAGUGUGAGAGGGUUCCGAUGUAAUCUAUGGAAGGGGGAAAUUUUGCCUUGUUUUCA